GGGGAAUCUCCUGGGGAACAGACCUGGCCUGGGCUGGAGCUCUGCCGCUGCCCUUCUUGCCUCAUUUUUCUGGCUAACCUGCUUCUCCUGGGAAUCUUGAUGAACGAUAUGUUUUUGUGGCAGAAUGGUAUGACCCAAAUGCUUCCCUUCUGCGACGUUAUGACCUUUUAUAUUACCCAGUGGAUGGAUCUGUUGAAAUGCAUGACGUAAAGAAUCAUCGCAUCUUUCUGAAGCGAACUGUGUAUGAGAGUGUGUGUCUACAAGAUUUGUUUAUUGGCAACAAAGUGACUAUCUUUUCCCGACAGCUGCAUCUGAUCGACUAUGGCGAUCAAUACACAGCCCGCCAGUUGUGCAAUAGAAAAGAAAAAACUCUGGCAUUACUUAAACCGGAUGCAAUACCGCAUGCUGGAGAGAUAAUCGAUAUGAUAAAUAAAGCUGGAUUUAAAAUAAGUAAACUCAAGAUGAUGCUGCUUUCAAGGAAAGAAGCAACAGAUUUUUAUGUUGAUCAUCUAUCAAAGCCAUUCUAUAAUGAGCUUAUCCAGUUUAUUACAAUUAGUCCUGUCAUUGCCAUGGAGAUUUUAGGAGAUGAUGCUAUCAGCGAAUGGAAGAAAUUAAUAGGACCUGCAAACCCUGGUAUGGCUCGUACAGAUUUUCCUGCAAGCAUUAGAGCAAGAUUUGGAACAGAUGGCAUAAGAAAUACAGUUCAUGGUCCUGAUUCUUUUGCUACUGCUGCCAAGGAAUUGGAAUUGUUCUUUCCCUCAAGUGGAAGUGGUGGGCCAGUAAAUACUGCCAAAUUUACUAACUGUACUUGCUGCAUUAUUAAACCUCAUGCUAUUAGUGAAGGGCUAUUGGGAAAGAUCUUAAUUGCCAUCCGAGAUGCAGGCUUUGAAAUUUCAGCUAUGCAGAUGUAUAAUAUGGACCGAGUUAAUGUUGAAGAGUUUUAUGAAGUUUAUAAAGGAGUAGUAACUGAAUUUAAUGAGAUGGUGACAGAAAUGUAUUCUGGUCCUUGUGUAGCAUUAGAGAUUCAACAGAAUGAUGCUACAAAGACAUUCCGUGAAUUCUGUGGGCCUGCUGAUCCUGAAAUAGCUCGUCAUCUCCGCCCUGGAACCCUCCGAGCUCUCUUUGGGAAGAGCAAAAUUCAGAAUGCUGUUCACUGUACUGAUUUGCCUGAGGAUGGUCUUUUAGAGGUCCAAUAUUUUUUCAAGAUCUUGGAGAAUUAGCAAUAUUAAAGAUGGAUCCUUGGAGCAAAGUGGAGCCUUGGAGACAAGAAC